UUCAUUCACUUUAACCUAGUUUCUUCUCUUCAUCGCCUUCUUGGUCUUGAUGUCCAAAGAACAACCCUAAACUCUAAAUCCUCUGUCGGACUUUAAAUCAAAUCUAGCAAAAUGGAUCCUCGAUACUAUGGGAAUAUGCCCUUUGGAGGCGAGGAAAAUGAAGGAACCGAGGAAGAUGAGAACUUAUUCCCUGUCUACUCGGCUCGAUCUAAACACGACAUGCGUGUUAUGGUCUCGGCUUUGUCUCAAGUAAUCGGUAACCAACAAGGCAGCUCUCACGAUAGUCCUUCUGUGUAUAAUCCACCAGACCCUAGUCAACCAGUUGCUCCUACUCAUCAAGAUCAAGGGAACUUGAGGACGAGACACUAUAGAGGGGUAAGGCAAAGGCCAUGGGGAAAAUGGGCAGCUGAGAUUCGAGAUCCGCAAAAGGCAGCACGUGUGUGGCUAGGGACAUUUGAAACCGCUGAGUCCGCAGCCUUAGCUUAUGAUGAAGCAGCUCUUAAGUUCAAAGGAAGCAAAGCCAAGCUCAAUUUCCCUGAAAGGGUUCAGCUAGGAAGCAAUGUUAUAAACAAUCAGCUAUCAAACUCUAGUUGCUACUCCUCUAAUCAAACCGAAACGCAAAAUAUACCAUACUAUAACCAGUAUUAUCAAGAUGGGAGUAAUAGUGAUAUGCUAAGUUUUAAUUUGGGUGGUGGAUAUGGUAGCGGCAACGGUGUUUCAAUGUCUCAUGAUCAUAGUUUAUCAACUAUUACUACUGCUGCAACGACUUCUUCGUCGUCUGGUGGCUCUUCUAGGCAACAAGAAGAGCAAGAUUAUGCUAGAUUUUGGCGUUUUGGAGAUUCUUCUUCCUCUCCACAUUCGGGUUAUUGAAAUGAUAUAUAAGAGGUUAAUUUGUGUUACUUCCCAUGAAGAGAUGUUAUGAUUCUUGAAUGUUUUUCAUGUUUUGCACUCUUAUUUUUGUUGGUUAAAGAUUCUUGAAAGUGUAACUUCUAUUU